CCCAGACUAGCGAACAAUACAGUCAGGAUGGCUAAAGGUGACCCCAAGAAACCAAAGGGCAAGAUGUCUGCUUAUGCCUUCUUUGUGCAGACUUGCAGAGAAGAACAUAAGAAGAAAAAUCCAGAAGUCCCUGUCAAUUUUGCAGAAUUUUCCAAGAAGUGCUCUGAGAGGUGGAAGACAAUGUCUGGGAAAGAGAAAUCUAAAUUUGAUGAAAUGGCAAAGGCAGAUAAAGUACCCUAUGAUUGGGAAAUGAAGGACUAUGGACCAGCUAAGGGAGGCAAGAAGAAAAAGGACCCUAAUGCCCCCAAAAGACCACCGUCUGGAUUCUUCUUGUUCUGUUCAGAAUUCCGCCCCAAGAUCAAGUCCACAAAUCCUGGUAUCUCCAUUGGAGAUGUGGCAAAAAAGCUGGGUGAGAUGUGGAAUAACUUAAGUGACAGUGAAAAGCAGCCAUACAUCACUAAGGCUGCAAAGCUGAAGGAGAAAUACGAGAAGGAUGUUGCUGACUAUAAGUCUAAAGGAAAGUUUGAUGGCACAAAGGGUCCUGCUAAAGUUGCCCAGAAAAAAGUGGAAGAGGAAGACGAAGAAGAGGAGGAAGAAGAAGAGGAGGAGGAGGAGGAGGAGGAUGAAUAAAAAAACUGUUUAUCCGUCUUCUUGUGAAUACCUUAGAGUAGGGGAGCGCCAUGAUUGACACAUCUUAUUUGAGAUGUGUCUGUUACUCUCAUUAGGUUUAAUUUCAGAAUUUGAUCACGAUCAUAUUGUAGUCUCUCAAAAUGCUCUAGAAAUUGUCAGUGGUUUACAUGAAGUGGCCCUGGGUGUCCAGAGCACCCUAAAACUGUAUCAAAGUUGUACAUAUUUCCAAACAUUUUUAAAAUGAAAAGGCACUCUCGUGUUCUCCUCA